AUGCUUCUUUGGCUCAGAGACCCAGAAGCCAGCCAGAAGAAGGAAGUGAUUACCAGAAGGAAAGAAAAAGGUGUCUUAUUUCUGAAAAGAAAUCAGGAUUGUAGACCACACUGAAGAUCGCGGCUAAAAAGCAUGAAAAAGAAACAUCGAGAAAAAGCAAACGCGCACUCAAAAUCAUUUUUUAAUCCUUGCAGACAGAGCAGAGCAGGCACCGAGAUGAAUGAGAAGGAGAAAGAGAUUUUGAGGUAGAAUUCUGGGGAGGAUGACAAUGUACCGCUUAAGCAACACCGUGAUCGGGUACCUGAACCUGGUGACGCUGCUGGCGUCGAUCCCCAUCAUCGGCAGCGGGCUGUGGCUGGGGCGGAGCUCCUCGACGUGCGAUUCGUUCUUGCAGACGCCGCUCCUGGUGGUAGGCUCCGUGGUGCUGCUCGUCUCGCUCGCCGGCCUCGUGGGCGCCUGCUUCAACGUGGCGUGGGCGCUCUGGCUCUACCUUCUCGUCAUGCUCUUCCUCGUCCUGGCCCUCCUCGGCAUCAUCGUCUUCGGCAUCGCCGUCACCGGCCGCGGCGGCGAAGUCCCUGUCCCGGGACGCGUCUACCACGAGUACCGCCUCGGCCGCUACACCGGGUGGCUCCGCCAUAAGAUCACGGCGCCGCGAUACUGGAACGCCGGCAUCGCAUGCGUCGUGGCGUCGAGGACGUGCUCCAAGAUCGCUCAAUGGACGCCAUCGGACUACCUCCAAAGGGAUCUCACGCCGAUUCAGUCAGGGUGCUGCAAACCUCCGACAUCGUGCAUCUACGCGGCAGGGGCUGCAGUGGCUUCACAAGAUGGAGACUGCUACCGGUGGAAUAACGCGGCUAACGUCCUCUGCUACACCUGCGACUCGUGCAAGGCCGGUGUGCUGGAGCAAGUGAGGAGGGACUGGCACAAGCUCUCCAUCCUCAACGUCGUCGUACUCGUCGUUCUAAUUGUCGUUUACUCCGUUGGCUGCUGCGCUUUCCGCAACGCCCGUCGCGACGAAUUGGAGUAUGGCUAUGGCAACAACUCCAUGCCGAAAGUUCAACCUCCUUGGGAAUACGACUGGUGGAGGAGGUGGAGAGACAGAAGACCGGUCUUUUAAAAACUGGUUACUGCCAUGGUUUUGCAGCUGCGCGACAUUGCAGGUUGGGCCUACAAUUUGCAGGGGUUUAGUGGUUUGUUUGGAAGAGCAAUGCAUGCUUGAAGCUUCUUUCUGUUGGCCAUUUUUGUUUUUGUUUUUUUCGAUGCUUGAAGCUUCUCUAUUCGUAUGAGGGCAGAUAAAAGCUCUUGUUAUAUCGGAAAUAUUUUAGAUGCAGUGAGGAUAA